UUUCAGUUGAUUAGCUACGACGUUGUGAUUGAUUGAUUGAUUUUGUUUAUUAUUGUUUUUUAUUACUUCGAUCUAAAUGAUUCUGUGAUCCAGAUCUUGAAGAAAAAAAAUGUUUUCCAUCAUCAUAAUCAUCAAUAAUAAUAAUCAACAUCAUGAUAGUAAAAACAUUUUGAAUAGAAAAUCAUUUAUGAAUAAAAUGUUUAUCAUCGUAACAAUAUUGUUACUUAUCAACAAUGAUUUAUCAAUGACAGAAUCAUUGGAAUUACGUGCAAAUUGUGGUUUUCCCGGUAAACCAUAUCGUUCGAAAAUAAUACCUGAAGAAAAAUCUGUCUAUGAUGAAGGUGAAACAGUAAGAUUUCAAUGUAGUGAUUAUGAAUCACCACCACAAAUGCGUAAAUGUGUAAAUGGUGUUUGGGUUGGACCACCAGCACGUUGUGGUGAUUUUGUUAAUAAUGUUGAACUUAAUGAUGCUAAAUUAUUAGAUAUGUCAUUUGGUUUACCGAUUGAAAAAUUUCAUUAUCGUAAUAUAACUUUAACAAGUAUGGAUAAAAAUUUUCCAAAUUCAUUUUUAUCACAUCGAUAUCCAAAUCAUCGUCUUCGUAUUACAAAUGAUCAUGAAUUUAUGUGGAAAUUGAAUUUUACUCGACCAGCAGUAAAAUUAUUUGUACGAGUGAAUUUUAAUUUUAUUAAUUUCACAUUAUUAGAUCAAGCAAUCAGAAAUAAUUUUUCCUUCUAUAUUGAUGUUGAAAUCAGUCCAUAUCGUACAUGUAAUCUUGAUUAUCAAAAUAAUAAUGCAUGGCGUGAUAAUGGUAAUCGUAUUGAUUCAUAUUUUACAUGUGAAGCACAUUCCUAUCAAGAUCUACAACGUGAUCUAGAGAAUCCAAAUAAUUAUAUGAUAAUGCGAACAAAAAGUUCACAUAAUUUACCACAUGAAUUGGUGGCAAUAUUUUUUGGCACUGUUUAUGGCAAUGAAAGUGAACCAAUUUGUGGUGAACCAGAAACCGAUUUUGGACAAACAUAUCGUGUACGACAAGAACAUCAUGAUUAUAUUAUUGAUUGUUUAGAUAGUCAUUGGAAAGAUGUAACACCAAAUACCUAUAAACAUUUUAUUAAUCAUCAAAAAUGUAUUGGUGAUAUGAUAUGGAAUGGUACAAAACCACGUUGUAUACCUAUACGUAAUUGUCCUAUACAAAAAAUAUUGAAUAAUAAUCGAAGAAAUUUUAAUGAAAAUGAUUCGGAAAAAAAUCCAUUAGUUGUUGAUGCUAUACUUGGAUAUUAUAAUUUUAUCGAUAAUCAAACAAUCUAUGCUAUUGAUGGUACAGAAAUUGUUUAUGGAUGUGCAUCAAAUGAUUAUAUCGUAGUGGGUAAAGAUAAACGUACAUGUAAACGUGAUAUGACAUGGUCAGGUGUUGAACCAGUUUGUAAAUAUAUUAAACAAACAAAUGAAGUUGUCGAAUCAUCAAACUAUCUAGUUAUAAUCAUUAUUUUUAUGGGAACAUUAUUAUUUUUAAUUAUAUUUGCAUCAAUUAUAUUGUUUUUAUUCUAUACAAAACAUUUAAAGAUAACAAAAAAAGAUGAUCAAAAUAAUGGUAAUAGUAAUGAAUCAUCAACACAAAAUGAAUGGCAAGGUGAAAAUUAUUAUGAUAAUAUUGAAAUGAAUUUUAAUCAUCAAACUGGAUUAAUUGGAAUUGGAUUGGGUGGUAUUGGCCCAGGUAAUACGGGUGUUGGUGUUGGUGUUGGCGGUGGUAAAUCAAACGAUAUUUUCUAUGAUAUCUAUGAAACAGUCGAUAGUAAUAAAGGUGAUAAUAAUAAUAAUAAUAACACUACUGCCAAUAAUCUAAUACGUUAUGUUGAACCAAAUCGAUAUUUUUUUGGUGAUGGUGGUGGUGGUGGUGGUGCUGAACAAUCAUUAUUAAAUCAUAAUUUAAAUAUGAAUAAUCAUCAUAAUAAUCAAAAAGAAAAUGAUUAUAUACGUAUGUAUGGAUCUGGAUUUAAAGUAAAUGAAACUGGUAUUUUAACAUCGUCAAACAAUAAUAUUAACAACAACAAUAACAACAAUAACACUACUACAUCAAUCAAUAAUAAUAAUAAUAAUGGAUCAAAUACAACGAUAACAUCAUCAACAUUAACAUCAUCGACAAUAUUACCGAAUACAGGAAUGAUCAAUAAUAAUAGUGGUAAUAAUGGUAAUACAUCAUCAUCAUCAUCACCGAUGCAACAUCAUUCAACAUCAAAUAUACGAUCAUCAUCAUCAAUACAAUCGAAACAGAUGAAAAAUCGUGAACCAUCAUAUCUGGAAGUGAUGCAAUGAAAAAAGGAAAUAAAACAAAACAAAAAAAAUGGCGCACACAAGAACAAACAAGAGAAAACAUUUCAUGUAUUUUUUUUAUAUUCCAAAAAUCAAAACACUCAUCAACAUUAUCAUUUUCAUAAUUUUUAAAAUAAUAAUUCAAUUUAACAGAAAAAAUUCAU